AUGAUUCCUAGCCAAAUCUGCAAUCAACUACCUCAAAUAAUCAAUGAGAAAGUGAAUUCGAAAUUGUCCGGUCUACCACAGGCCGUAGGCGUUUCACAAAUGCUCAGUCUAUUCAGUGGAGCAUUAAUGGGACUUGGUGGAGCACCCAGUCAGCAAUAUGUAGGAAUUGAAGUUAAUCAAUGCAAGGGGCCUGCAGCGUCGCAGCUUCCAAUUCCACAAACUGCUGUGCCUCCAGCACCUGGUCCCGCAGCAACAGCACCGGUCAAUGUCUCUCCCGCAGUAGGCCCAGCACCACAGAUUCCCCAAGCUAGCUAUAAUGAGAAACCCGCGGCGGCACGAGGUACACCACAACGGGUCUACCAAACUAAUCAGGCUACCACUUUACGUAAAAUUGCACAACCGUCUCGUCCUGUCGCGCACGCUGCACCUCCACGUCGUUAUCGUGCUGUGCCUUUCCGCCAAGGAAACGAGCGGAAGACGCUCUUCAUUCCAACCGAGCGAGUGAAAAGAGAAGUAGCUCGGAUCUAUCGUGUCACGAAUGCUAAUGCUGUCCCCACCGGCGUUGCGACCGUCGUACGACUAGAAAGGGGCGCUGGUGGUGGGUACGGUGUGCAACCAUACCCGUCGGCUGCAGUUGGAGGAUACCAAGGGCAACAAGGUGGAUUUCAAGGGCCACCACCUGGAGGAUUCACCGGCGGCAGCAGAUUCGUGGGACCACGACUUCCACCUCCGCCUCCGGUGCGUGGUGCCCCACCACCAACGUUUUCGCCACCUCCUGUCAAUCUUUGCGCUAAAUGUCCAGCUGCUAGUGGAGGCGGUGAAGACCCAAUGCAAUUCCUCAAAUUACUUGGCGGACAACUUGACAUGCGCAAGCUCAAUGAUCUCUACCUCUCACUUCAAUUAUUGAACACUCAAGCGACCUCAAAUGAUUUCACAAUUGAUCUCAGCGGAGAAUUUAGUCCGAAUGCGCAAGGAGGU